GAUGAACAAGCUGCUCGAGCUGAAGCCUGACGCCGUUGGCGGGAUGCCGGCGAACGCGAAACCGGAGGAGGCGCUGGCUUUCAAGGUCAAACUCAACUCCUGGUACCAACGGUUCCGCAAGCGGAAUGGGCUCAGCAUCCGCCGGCGUACCAGCGUGGGCCAGAAACUGCCGCAGGGGUACGAGGGUAUGGCGUGGGCGACGGUGAUGAAGCUGCGCGAGGCUCUCGUGAAGCGCGCCGGUGAGAUCUACGCUCGGCGCCACCCGCCGGCACCUGACGAGAGCCCCAUCAAAGGGGAGGAUCUGACUUCCGAGCAGCUNCUCAGCAUCCGCCGGCGUACCAGCGUGGGCCAGAAACUGCCGCAGGGGUACGAGGGUAUGGCGUGGGCGACGGUGAUGAAGCUGCGCGAGGCUCUCGUGAAGCGCGCCGGUGAGAUCUACGCUCGGCGCCACCCGCCGGUACCUGACAAGAGCCCUAUCAAAGGAGAGGAUCUGACUUCCGAGCAGCUGGCGUCUGUGGAGGCGGAGGUUUUCGAGGAACUCGGCAACAUGGACCAGACGCCAGUCCAGCACGAGAUGCCGGUGGAGACCACUCUGGAGAAGACCGGUGCGAAGGAUGCUCGCAUCAGCACAGGAGGAGGGCAAAGAGAAGGAACGCUUCACGCUCGUUCUGGCUGUCAUGGCGGACGGCAAAAAAAUGUUUCGCCGCGCAUCAUCUUCCAGGGCACGCCGUUCAUCCCCCCGACCGUGAGCGGCAAGGGCAAGAGCACCCUGCCGCGGAAGAACUCCGUCGCGUGGGAGAUCCAUCCUGCGAACCGCGCCAAGCACGGCCACCCUGCCAACGGCAUGUCCUUCGGCGUGCAGGAGAAGAGCUGGAGUGACCAGCGGGAGUGCAACGGGUGGAUCUCGGGCAGCUGGAAGCUCCGUCCCAACAACGGCAGCAUCGUCCAGCAGCGCCCGUGCAUCCUGGUGCUGGACGACUUCAAGUGCCACAAGGACGAGGGUUUCAUCGCCGCCCUCAAGAGAGACGCCAACACCAUCGUCAUCUUCACCCCAGGCGGGUUGACGCCCUUGCUCCAACCGCUCGACCGCACGCUCAACAAGCAGAUGAAGCGGCUGCUGCGGGGCAACGUGGGGUCGUCUCUACGUGGUGGAAGGAAGCGUGGGUCCAUCACCCCCGAGACGGUGAAGACUUGCUUCAAGAUCUGCGGUCUCACGCUCGCGCUCGACGGCAGCGAAGACCACGCCUGGUGCGAGCACAACUUCGGGGAAGACUACCGCGACCUUCUCGAGGAGCAGCACGCCGUGUGGCUCGCUGAGCACCCCGACGUGACUCUCCCGCCGCUCAAGCUGCCGAAGGUACCACGGGGGUUCGACUCCAACCCCAUCACGGCUGCUCAGAAGGAGGUCGAGGGGAAGCUGCUGCCCUACGUCGCUGAUGAGAGCGGCAGCGAGGUGGAGGUCUUGGAGGGCGACAGUGACGUGGAAGUCGUGAAGGGGCAGGGGGGCGGGGGCGCCGAAGGAGAAGUAGUCGAACUUUGAAUCAUAGUUCUUUGGGAUUGCCAAUGAGAUUGAAUGUUUUUGCGAUGGUAGGGGCGCGGGCACGAAGCAGAGUUCAACCCGCCUAGGAAGUACAGAUAGUAGUAGGACGUUGGUAGCUCGUAGUGGUAGUUUGGUGUGAUUUUUUACUUCGUUUUUGGUUUCAUCUGCGUUUAGAAUUUGUUGAGUGGAUGCCGUUUGCCGAUUUGCCGAUCUUGAUUCUUCAGAACGAAAAGAAG